GACCAGUGCGCCUCGAGAGCCGCAGCGGCCGCCGCAACCGGGCCCGCGGCCCCGCCUCCCGCUCGGACCGCCGAGUCAGUGCUGAGUGAGGGGCCGUCGGCCCGCAGCCUCGCCGCCCCGGGCCGGUCCCCUAUUUCCGCGAAUUCGAGCCGCCCGCCUCGCUCCCGCUCCCACCAUGUCUGGCGGCGCCGCCGACCAGCAGAGCAGCGCGCCGGGCUCCCUGUUCCUCUCGCCGCCGGUGCCUGCCCCCAAGAAUGGCUCCAGUUCGGACUCCUCGGUGGGAGAGAAACUGGGCGCCGCGGCGGCCGACGCCGGAGCCGGCAGGACGGAGGAGUACCGGCGUCGCCGCCACACCAUGGACAAGGACAGCCGGGGAGUGGUUGCGACCACCACCACGGAGCACCGCUUCUUCCGCCGCAGCGUCAUCUGCGACUCCAACGCCACGGCGCUGGAGCUACCCGGCCUCCCCCUCCCGCUGCCCCAGACGAGCGCGGCCGCGGUAGUCCCGCAGCGGAGCCCCCCGGAGCCCCAGCGCGAGGAGACCCUGUCCCCCGCUGCCGCCCAUGUGGCCCAGCAGCCGCCCGCCGUCGCCGCCGCCGCCGCCCCCGGGGAGCCGGUCGCCGCGGUCCCAGCCGCCGCCUCGGCCCCGGGCAGCGCCGGGAGAGACCGCCAGGUUGCCCAGCCCGGCCACGCGGGGAGCAAAGAGGAGCCCCCGUCGUCGAGAAGUGGCAGCGGCGGCGGCAGCGCCAAGGAACCCCAGGAGGAACGGAGCCAGCAGCAGGAUGACAUCGAAGAGCUGGAGACCAAGGCCGUGGGAAUGUCCAAUGAUGGCCGCUUUCUCAAGUUUGACAUCGAGAUCGGAAGGGGCUCCUUUAAGACGGUCUACAAAGGUCUGGACACCGAAACCACCGUGGAGGUCGCCUGGUGUGAACUGCAGGAUCGAAAGUUAACAAAAUCUGAGAGGCAGAGAUUUAAAGAAGAGGCUGAAAUGUUAAAGGGUCUUCAGCAUCCCAAUAUUGUCCGAUUCUAUGAUUCCUGGGAAUCCACAGUAAAGGGAAAGAAGUGCAUCGUUUUGGUGACUGAACUUAUGACAUCUGGAACACUUAAAACGUACCUGAAAAGGUUUAAGGUGAUGAAGAUCAAAGUUCUGAGAAGCUGGUGCCGUCAGAUUCUUAAAGGACUUCAGUUUCUUCAUACUCGAACUCCACCUAUUAUUCACCGGGAUCUUAAGUGUGACAACAUCUUUAUCACUGGCCCUACAGGCUCAGUCAAGAUUGGAGACCUAGGUCUGGCAACCCUGAAGCGGGCUUCUUUUGCCAAGAGUGUGAUAGGUACCCCGGAGUUCAUGGCCCCUGAGAUGUAUGAGGAGAAAUAUGAUGAAUCCGUUGAUGUUUAUGCUUUUGGGAUGUGCAUGCUUGAGAUGGCCACAUCUGAAUACCCUUACUCCGAGUGCCAAAAUGCUGCACAGAUCUACCGUCGAGUGACCAGUGGGGUGAAGCCAGCCAGUUUUGACAAAGUAGCAAUUCCUGAAGUGAAGGAAAUUAUUGAAGGAUGCAUACGACAAAACAAAGAUGAAAGAUACUCUAUCAAAGACCUUUUGAACCAUGCCUUCUUCCAGGAGGAAACAGGGGUACGGGUAGAAUUAGCAGAAGAAGAUGAUGGCGAAAAGAUAGCCAUUAAAUUAUGGCUACGUAUUGAAGAUACUAAGAAAUUAAAGGGGAAAUACAAAGACAAUGAAGCUAUUGAGUUUUCCUUUGACUUGGAGAGAGAUGUGCCAGAAGAGGUUGCUCAAGAAAUGGUAGACUCUGGGUAUGUCUGUGAAGGUGAUCACAAGACCAUGGCAAAAGCCAUCAAAGAUAGAGUGUCAUUAAUUAAGAGGAAGCGAGAACAGCGUCAGUUGGUGCGGGAGGAGCAAGAAAAAAGAAAGCAGGAAGAGAGCAGCCUCAAACAGCAGGGGGAGCAGCAGUCCAGUGCUUCCCAGGCAGGAGCCCAGCAGCCCCCUUCCACGUGCACUGGCGGACCUGCUGCCUCUACCACUUCAGCUUCUGUUUCCACACAAGUAGAGCCGGAGGAGCCUGAGGCAGAUCAACACCAACAGCUGCAACACCAGCCACCUGGUGUGUCUGUGUUGUCUGACGGGACGGUUGACAGUGGUCAGGGAUCUUCUGUCUUCACAGAGUCUCGAGUGAGCAGCCAACAGACAGUUUCGUAUGGUUCCCAGCAUGAGCAGGCACAUUCCACUGGCACCCUCCCAGGGCACACAGCGUCUGCUGUCCAAGCACAGGCUCAGCCCCACGGGGUAUAUCCACCCUCAAGUAUGGUAAGACCUUCAGGCCAUGAUAGAAUGCUGCAUCCUCAGUCCAUGGCGCAUCCGCGUGGGGGGACCCCAACAUACCCAGAAUCACAGAUAUUUUUCCCAACUAUUCAUGAACGUCCAGUUUCUUUUUCACCACCUCCCACCUGUCCACCGAAGGUGGCCAUUUCCCAGCGGCGUAAGAGCACCUCCUUCCUGGAAGCCCAAACUCAUCACCUCCAACCCCUGCUGAGGACUGUUGGCCAAAAUCUUCUUCCACCUGGUGGCAGCCCAACUAACUGGACACCAGAGGCUGUAGUUAUGUUGGGUACUGCAGCCAGUAGAGUCACUGGAGAGCCAUGUGAGAUACAGGUCCAACCAAUGUUUGAACCAACUCAAGUUUACAGUGACUGUAGACCUGGACUAGUACUUCCGGAAGAAGCUCACUACUUUAUUCCUCAGGAAGCAGUGUAUCUAGCUGGGGUACAAUACCAGGCCCAGGUGGCAGAACAGUUUGAGGGUAUUCCAUACAACUCACCAGUCCUGUCAAGUCCUAUGAGACAGACACCUGAACAGAAGCCAGGGCAAGGGGGCCCUACCUCAAGUUCUGUCUUUGAAUUUCCAUCCGGACAGGCUUUCAUGGUAGGACACCUCCAGAAUUUAAGAUUAGAUUCUGGACUGAGCCCAGGAUCUCCCCUCUCUAGCAUUUCUGCACCUAUCAGUACAGAUGCUACAGGCUUGAAAUUUCACCCUGUCUUUGUUCCUCAUUCUGCACCUGCUGUGUUAACUCAUAACAAUGCGAGCAGAAGCAAUUGUGUAUUUGAGUUUCAUGCACAUACUCCAAGCUCCUCUUCAGGAGAAGGAGGAGGAGGAGUUUUACCUCGGCGCAUUUACCGAAAUCGACAGGUUGCUGUGGACUUGAAUCAGGAAGAACCACCUCCUCAAUCCACAGGAUUACACAGCCGCCUGCAGCCUGUGACUGAAGAACAGCAUGAUUUCCAGGCCCUAGAACUGACUGUCUCUGUGGUCGAGCCCACCGGACAGAGCUGGCCCAUAGGAAGCCCAGAAUAUUCCAGUGAUUCCUCACAAAUCACUUCUUCAGACCCCAGUGAUUUUCAAUCACCUCCCCCUACAGGGGGAGCAGCUGCACCUUUUGGCUCUGACGUCUCAUUACCCUUUGUCCGUCUGCCUCAGACAGUGUUAGAAGAAUCCCCACUUUUCUUCUGUUUCCCCCAAGGAGCCACAUCUCCGCAGGUUUUAUCUGCCUCAUUUUCUUCAGGAGGAUCUGCACUCCAUCCACAGGCACAGGGGCAGAGCCAGGGUCAGCAAUCUUCAAGUAGUUUAACAGGGGUUUCAUCCUCCCAACCCAUACAACAUUCUCAGCAGCAGCAAGGAGUGCAGCAGACAGCCCCCUCUCAGCAGACAGCGCAGUAUUCACUUCCCCAGACGUCAGCCUCCAGCGAGGCCAUGACUGCACAGCCCACAAGUCAGCCUCAGCCUCCACAGUCCUUGUCGCAUGUGUCAGCAGGAAAACAGCUUCCAGUUUCCCAGCCAGUACCAACUAUCCAAGGCGAACCUCACAUCCCAGUUGCGACACAGCCCUCAGUUGUUCCAGUCCAUUCUGGUGCUCGCUUCCUCCCUGCGGGACAGCCACUCCCACCUUCCUCACUCCCCCAGUACCCUGGCUCUCAGAUCCCCUCAGCUCCUCAGCCAGCUUUCUCUCCCCUUCCUGUCACCAUGGCAGCUGGCGUUAAUCAGCCUCUGCUUACCUUGGCUUCCUCUGCUCCAGCAAGUGCAGUCCCAGGGGGACCCACCGUGGUCCCUAGUCAGCUUCCCACCCUCCUGCAGCCUGUGACUCAGCUGCCAAAUCAGGCUCACCCGCAGCUCCUGCAGCCAGCAGUUCAGUCCAUGGGGAUAGCCGCUAACCUCGGGCAGACUGCUGAGGCUCCACUCCCCUCUGGAGAUGUUCUCUACCAGGGCUUCCCACCUCGGCCGCCACCACAGCACCCAGGAGACUCAAAGCUUGCUCCCUCUUCCAGCGUGCCUUCUGUGUGCGUUCCUUCCACAGUCCUGUCCCCUCCCGCGCCGGCAGAAGCACUGGCUGCACCAGGUUACUUUCCUGCAGUGGUGCAGCCUUAUGUGGAAUCAAGCCUUUUGGUUCCUGUGGGCAGUAUAGGAGGACAGGUUCAAGUGUCCCAGCCAGCAGUGAGUUUAGCACAAGCCCCCACUACAUCCUCCCAGCAAGCAGCUCUGGAGAGCACUCAGGGCAUCUCUCAGGCGGCUCCUCCAGAGCCAGUUCCAGUGGCUCAGCCACAACCUACCCAGCCUGCUACAUUGGUCUCUUCUGUAGACAGUGCACAUUCAGAUGUUGCUUCAGGUAUGAGUGAUGGCAAUGAGAAUGUCCCAUCAUCCAGCGGAAGGCAUGAAGGGAGAACUACAAAACGGCAUUAUCGAAAAUCUGUAAGAAGUCGCUCGCGUCAUGAAAAGACUCCACGCCCAAAAUUGAGAAUUUUGAAUGUUUCAAAUAAAGGAGACCGGGUAGUGGAAUGUCAGUUAGAGACUCACAAUCGGAAAAUGGUUACAUUCAAAUUUGAUUUAGAUGGUGACAACCCUGAGGAGAUAGCAACAAUUAUGGUGAACAAUGACUUUAUCCUGGCAAUGGAGAGAGAGGCAUUUGUGGAACAAGUGCGGGAUAUUAUUGAAAAAGCUGAUGAAAUGCUCAGUGAGGACGUCAGUGUGGAGCCAGAGGGUGACCAGGGAUUGGAGAGUCUCCAGGGAAAGGAUGACUAUGGCUUUGCAGGCUCUCAAAAAUUGGAAGGAGAGUUCAAACAACCAAUUCCUGCAUCUUCCAUGCCACAGCAAAUAGCAGGCCUUCCUACCAGUUCUUUAACUCAAGUUGUUCAUUCUGCCGGAAGACGGUUUAUAGUAAGUCCUGUGCCAGAAAGUCGAUUACGAGAAUCAAAAAUUUUCAGUGAAGUAUCAGAUACAGUUGCUGCUUCUACAUCUGCUGGCGCUGGAAUGAGCUUGUCUCACUCUGCUUCAUCCCUUAGUCUACAGCAGGCCUUUUCUGAACUUAGACGUGCGCAGAUGGCAGAAGGGCCGAGCACAGCACCUGCCAACUUCCGCCCGACGGGGCCGGCGUUCCCAGCGGUGCCCCCUUCCGUGAUCAGCCCUGCUGGAGCUCCAGCCACAGCGGCAGCUGUGCCCUCAGCGUCAGCCCCUGCCACGGGCUGCCCUCCUAGUGAGCCUUCCACAUCAGCCGUUCAGUCUGAGGUUGCAGUGCCCGCUGAAAAGGGGAUUGCUGGAGUUGCCACCUGCACAGGCGUAAUACCCUCCAGUGGUCUCCCUGCACCACCUGCCUCUGAGUCCCCGAUACUCUCCAGCGUGGUGUCAAGCAUCACAGCGCCUGCAGUCGUCUCAGUAUCGGCGACAUCCCAGUCAGUUCAGGCUCCCACACCUGGGAGCGUUGUUUCCGGUACAGGCACAUUCCCCCCUGUACCAGUCUCAGCGACGGCAGCCUCUGCAGCGAGCAGUGCUGCUGCCCCAGGCGCUAAGCCUUCACCUGGAUCGUCGCAGCAGGUGGUGGGCAGCGUGGCUGGGGCAGCCAUGCUGACAUCCGUGUUGGCCACCGCUCCGGUCCCGAGCCUAGCUGCACAGCCGUCCCUUCCACCCAGCAGCAGCACCUCUGCUCUUACUCGAGCUGAGACUGUAGUGGUUAGUGCGCACGCACUGGAUAAGAUACCUCACGGCAGCCUGACCGGGUUGGCUUUGUCCCUCCCUGCGUCACCUUCCUCUCCCUCCCUGGGAGCAGGGGUAUCAAGUGCUCUUGCUCAGCCUGGUGUGGCUCAUCCUUCGGUCAUCCCAUCAUCUGUGGCUUCUACUCCUGCCCUUUCCCAGGCAGGACCUCCUUCCACACCUUUCCUUCCCCAAGUAGCUAGUAUCCCACCUUUGGUACAACCUGUUGCCAGUGUGCCUGCUGUACAGCAGACACUAAUUCACAGUCAUCCUCAACCAGCUUUGCUUCCCAACCAGCCCCAUACUCACUGUCCUGAAAUAGAUGCUGAAACUCAACCCAAAGCUCCUGGGAUUGACGACAUAAAGACUUUAGAGGAAAAGCUGCGGUCUCUCUUCAGUGAGCACAGCUCAUCUGGGGCUCCGCAUGCUUCUGUCUCGCUGGACACGUCCCUCGUCAUGGAGACCGCUGUCACCCCAGGCCUCCCAACCACUGCUGUUGCACCAGGCAAACUCAUGACUUCCACUACAAGUACUUGCUUACCACCAGCCAGUUUGCCCUUAGGAACAACUGGUUCGUCAGUUACACCAGCGGUCACUCCUGGGCAAGUUUCCACCCCAGUCAGCACUGUACCGGGAGUGAAACCUGGAACUGCUGCACCAAAGCCACCUUUAACUAAGCCUCCAGUGCUGCCAGUGGGUACUGAACUUCCAGCUGGUACUCCACCCAGCGAGCAGCUGCCACCUUUUCCAGGACCUUCACUAACGCAGCCCCAGCAGCCCCUGGGAGAGCUGGAUGCUCAGCUGAGAAGAACACUCAGUCCAGAGACCGCUGUGCUGACGUCUGCAGUUGGUCCCGUGUCCGUGGUGGCUCCAACAGCAGCUGUGGAAGCAGGAGCCCAGCUUCAGAAGGAUGUGUCUCAAGUCGCAGAAGGUCCUAUCCUAGCACCCACUUCAGGAACUGGUGUUUUUAAGAUGGGGCGAUUUCAGGUUUCGGUUGCAAUGGACGAUCCCCAGAAGGAGGGUAAAAAUAAGUCAGAAGAUGUAAAGUCUGUUCGUUUUGAAUCCAGUACUUCAGAGUCCUCCGUGCUAUCAAGCAGUAGUCCAGAGAGUACCCUGGUGAAGCCAGAGCCCAAUGGGAUAGCCGUCCGUGGCGUCUCUUCAGAUAUGCCGGACAGCGCCCAUAAAACUCCUGCCUCAGAAGCAACGUCAGAAACGGGGCAGCCUACCAAGGUUGGACGUUUUCAGGUGACAACUACAGCAAGCAAAGUCGGUCGUUUCUCCGUUUCCAGAACCGCAGACGAGAUUACUGAGGCAAAGAAGGAGGGACCAGUGGCAUCUCCUCCUUUUCUGGAUUUGGGACGUGAUGUUCUUCCUGCUGUGAUACCAAAGAAAGAGAAGCCCGAACUGUCAGAGGCCUCACAUCUGAACGGGCCGUCCUCUGACCUGGAGGCCGCCUUCCUCGGUCGGGGUGUGGGCGAUGACUCAGGGAGCCCACACUCCCCGCAGCUGAGCUCCAAGAGCCUCCCUGUGCAGGGCCUGAGUCAUUCCUUCAACUCCUCUUACAUGAGCAGCGACAAUGAAUCAGAUAUUGAAGAUGAGGACUUGAAGUUAGAGCUGCGGCGGCUACGAGAAAAACAUCUUAAAGAGAUUCAAGACCUGCAGAGUCGCCAGAAGCAUGAAAUUGAAUCUUUGUAUACCAAACUGGGCAAGGUUCCUCCUGCUGUCAUCAUUCCCCCAGCUGCCCCCCUUGCAGGGAGAAGAAGGCGACCCACCAAAAGCAAAGGCAGCAAGUCUAGUCGCAGCAGUUCCUUGGGGAAUAAAAGCCCUGGACCAGGUAACCUGUCUGGCCAGAGUGCAGCUUCAGUCCUGCACCCCCAGCAUACCCUCCCCGCUCCUGGCAACAUCCCAGAGACGGGGCAGAAUCAGCUGUUACAGCCCCUUAAGCCAUCUCCCUCCAGUGACAACCUGUAUUCAGCCUUCACCAGUGAUGGUGCCCUUUCAGUACCAAGCCUUUCUGCUCCAGGUCAAGGCUGUGCGAAGUUUAACUGUGCGUCUGAGCAGGUGACGUUCAAACCUGGUGGCAGGAGGACCCGAUUUCUGAGUACGCCCUGCUUGGCUCUUUGGAAGAUGGUGAAAAAAGUCUGUCCUUGCAACCAGCUCUGUAGGACCAGCAGCACAAACACCGUGGGGGGGACAGUGAGCAGCCAGGCCGCCCAGGCUCAGCCUCCUGCCGUGGCGUCCAGCAGGAAGGGCACGUUCACGGAUGACCUGCACAAGCUGGUGGACAACUGGGCCCGGGACGCCAUGAAUCUCUCAGGCAGGAGAGGAAGCAAAGGACACGCGAGUUACGAGGGCCCUGGCAUGGCAAGGAAGUUCUCCGCACCUGGUCAGCUGUGCGUCUCCAUGACCUCAACCCUGGGUGGCUCCGCCCCCAUCUCUGCAGCAUCCGCUACCUCUCUAGGCCACUUCCCCAAGCCCAUGUGCCCCCCACAGCAGUACGGUUUCCCAGCCCCGCCCUUUGGCACGCAGUGGAGCGGCACGGGCGGCCCAGCAACACAGCCACUUAGCCAGUUCCAACCUGUGGGAACUGCCUCCUUACAGAACUUCAACAUCAGCAACUUGCAGAAGUCCAUCAGCAACCCCCCAGGUUCCAACCUGAGGACCACUUAGACCUGUAGAGGCGCUAAUGGAGUAGAUUCGGGGGCAGGAGGUGGGAUGCUGAGGGGCAGGUGGGAGGGGGACGGGAAAGUAGCCUACAUGCUAACUGCUCGCGCUGCAUUGAACUGGUGAUUUCUUGCCAGACAGGAACGUGUUUAGCACCGCUUAGAGCCCCCAGAGUGGAGAAAAUCUCCCUCUGCUUUCACCAUUUAUUGGCGUGGGAUGAGAAGGAAAGAAAGAGCAGGUUUCUUGUGUAUGCUUUGUUCUCUCUCCCCAACAGUGAGCGCUCGGAAAGAGAAUCGUGUUGAUCAGAAAGCUUCUAGAGAGCUCAGCGGAAAAGCAAAGCCCAUCUGCGUUCUCAAGUAGUGGGGCUCUUAAAUCUUCGUACCCAGCCCAAGUCCCUUAUCCCCUCAAGAACAUAAACUGCAAGACAAAAAAUUAAACUAUUGGGCUCUCUCCUACCCUCUCCCGACCCCGGCCAAUCUUUAGAACCCAGUGAAAACACCAGGGGACUGAGGUUUCAACCCUUUCUUACGAUAGGUCAUUAGUGCUUUAGCAAAUGAUAUUCGCAGCUUUGACUGCAGCAUUAGCCAUUAGGAAAAAAAAAAAAUUAAGUUCCCUGCGGACAUGUAACUUUGCCAUCAGUUUUGAUGUGGAAACACUGUGAUAUAUAAAUGUUGUUGGACAACAGUAGUUUUAAGAGUAAGAUAUGAAAGGUUUAAAAAGUUGAAAAAAGCUAGCUAGCUCUGUCCUUCACCUGUUGAGACUUUACUUUCUCCUUUGUAUUUCCAUCGUAUUAGAUAAAUAAAUGUGAAUGUAAAAUUGUAUAAAUUACUGUACUUGAAUACUCUGUUCUCCCAGUAUUGCUUGCUGGAUGUUUUAGUGCCUUGGACUUCUAUUGCUUCUGCCGUUAACAUCAACUUCUCAUCAGACCCCAGUCAGCAAAGGGCGUAUGGAAGGAAACCUUGGGUCCAUGUGACCCAGCAGUGGAUUAUGCAAUAAGGAAAUUGAAAGAAAUUGAAAGAGUAUUUUUUUUUCAAGUCAUUCAACAAUUUUGUCUAGAGCAGGUGUAAGAUGAGCAGGUGAGAAGUUGACAGUAGUGGUUAAAAGCAGAAAACUGUUUCAGGACAGGUGAGGAGGGGUGUUGUCACAAAAUCGGGCAAUUUACAAGAUUGAGCGUGGUAAGCGAUAAGUGAUGAAAGAAAAAGAAAGACUACAGGAUGGGAGAACAGACUUGUUUUGAAGAUAGGUGAUGCUUGGCCAGUGGCUGCCAUAAGCCUUACUUACCUGAGCUGGGCUUGAGCAGAGGAGACCUGGAAGAAAUGGCUGAAUAUAAAGGCAAGGGCACGGGAGAGCGGGGGGCACUAGUUGUUAAGCUGGGAAAUGUGAUAGUGAAAUGUCACAGAUGGAGAACGUUGCUCUAAGAAAAAUUUGGAUUGCUUUCCUCUUGGUGCAAAUGUACCGUGUAUUUCUCAGCUUGGGGUACUGUAGUUUGUGGAAAGUGGACCCACAUCUGAAUUAAGCAUUGUAGGAAAGAAUGCUUAUUCUUACCCACUUCCUAUAUAAUGUCCAAAUGGUUGCAGGAUCAUAAUCUCUUGCGCCACCUUAUUUCUAGAAUUGCAGCUGAUAUUCUCACGUUCUCUGUAAACAUAUUCCCCUGAAGUAAUAAUAACUGCAACCAACCAGUAUUAUUUAGUGCUGUGCCUAGUUGUAAUGGGCAGUUCUGUUACUUUCAGAAUUUUCAGGAAAUACCCUCCUCAUUGCCUGAGUUUGGGAUCUCUGUUCUCCCAGAAGGUGGGGAAAGAAGCCAGGACUCUUAAUUUUGGGGUGCUUCUUGACUCUUGAGCUGGGAAACUGACCUAUUUCCAACCUCUUACCCACCUCAGUGGCACAUCCCAGGAAUCCCUAUGACAGGAAGAGCCUGGAUGGCUGUCCUGUCCUCUGUUGGUCGUUUUCUUUAUGAAGUUAGCCGAGACCCCAAAGAUGCAGAUGAGAGCUGAAGGUUUUAGGAAAAAGGUAGAAAUGAAAAGCGCAGGCGUUCCGAGCUUUGCUUCGAAACUGUUUACUUACUUCUUCUCUGCUUAUAAUCCUUGGGAGAUGACAAGAGUCAGGACAGAACAAGAAACGCCGAGGAAGUGGGGAAUGGUGGACCCCUGGGCAAGGAGGCAGGGCUUUGCAGCCAAGAGGAGCCAGAGUGCGGCACGUGACUGUUUUGUUUCUUUGGUUUAGUCACUUUGAGAUCUCUUCACUCACAGGUGGAAAGUAAGAACUGCUUUUAUUUACUGUUGAUUUUUUUCCCUCCUGUGGAUGAAGUAACUGAAGCCUAGAGGAAUGAGCCUAGUGCUACUGACUGUUUAAAUUAUUUCCGUGUUAAUAGCGCACUUUGAGUGUCUUCUUCCACAUUAAAAAAGUUCUUUCUGAAUUAUAAGUGUUUUCCUUACAUUAUUUAACAAUGUACACUGUUUAAAAAAACACAGACUAAAUUCAAACCUUGGGGAUUCUCGGCAGCCCGUCAACCCGUGAGUUUGGGAUAAACCCUGGGGGUCGCGCUUUCUGCUUCUGUUUGUUACCUUUGUAGAUGAAACCAUUCAAAUAAACCAAACUUGCUUUUCUUGAGCUGUGGGGGUUUCAUUUUCAGCACAUGCCUUUUUCGUGAUCUCAUUAGCUCUGAUUUGACUUGUGUGCAAUUUAUAACUGGAUUCCUAUCUCCAGGACCUUUUUUUUUUAACAGCAGUUCUGACCUGAACUAAGAUGCUGCAGACAGGCAAGAUACAUUUUCUGAAGACCACGGUAAGGAUAUCAAAAUCAGAAGAUGAAUCUAUGCCCAAAGCUGUGCAGCUCAGGUGAGGCGGAGGGAGGUCAGGGAAAGCCCUGCUCGUCUUCCAGAGGCGCAGUGGUGGCCUAGGGGCACAGCUCCCCACAGAUGGGCCUGUGCUCCAACAAACUCAAGACUGGGGACAAGGCCCAGCCCAGAAUGCCCUUAAAAAGUAAAACUGCACACUCAUUAGUUGGGGGAAAGGAUUAUGAAACAUCUAAACACGAAGAGAAUUUAUGUUAAGGUGGUAUCUGAUAAUUGCACAUCUCAAAUAGCUAAACAGCUGCUUAUGUCACGCAGAUUUUGGGGGUUUUCCAGUACAUAUAAACGUUUACACUAUAGCCUGUUAUGUCUGCAAUAG